AUGAAUUGGACAAGGUUUUCCACCAAGGUUUACAAAGCUACUGCAGCAGAUUCCAAAUGCGGUUCGUCAUUCUGUUAUACUCGAAAACCCCAUCAGAAAGCUAUUCACGACACUCAAAGAGGAAGUCUACCAGCAACUUCAUGGCCUCAGGAUGGAGUUGGUGCAGCUACUGUGGCUACAGAUUUUCGAGAUUUUGAACAGAGGUUCAUUGUUGCAAGAAAUGUCAUUUGGAGGUUUAAAGGAAAUUCCAUGUGGUCUAAACAGAGCCCGGUAUCUUUAUCUCGUCAAUUUGGACACAAGGCUGGUACUGGUCGUGAUCCUGACUUGACUAGGGACUUCCUGGUACAGCUCUGGGUUGCAGAUAGGAAAACGGUACACUCCAAAAGAAAGAGAAGAGGGAAAGCUGUUAAGUAUAAGAAAGAAACACCAUACCACUAUUCAUCCUAUGGAUGGUAUCCGGAUGCAUUUUUCAACGCAGCAGACCCUUCUGGCCAACCACCUCUAAGCCAAUCCAUCUCGGGAUUUCUGAAACCAGAAUCUCCAGAAGAGGUCCAGGUGAUGCCUCUUCUUGCUAGAUCAAAUCUGCUGAUUACGAGGGAUAUAGAGUGGGCAAAUCUUGUACUUGGCUUUGAGCAGGAAAACCGGUAUGGAAUAGUAGAUGUGUGCUACCCAGAGUCGCCUGUGGGUUUGAUUCGUGAGCAGAGCCAUGUUAUUACUAGACAGUUGCUUCGCCUGAGGCGCCCUUUUGUUGCUUAUAUAACUGAUGCCACGGGUAAUGAGCUCUUUAGGGUUCGCCGGCCUUUUUGGUGGAUAACCAGCUCAAUUUAUGCAGAGAUCAAUGGCAAGGAAGUUGGUGUGGUUCAUAGACGAUGGCAUCUUUGGAAGAGGGUGUAUGAUUUGUACCUAGGGGAUAAGCAGUUUGCAGUUGUUGAAAACCCUGGCUUCUGGAAUUGGACUUUUACUUUGAAGGACAUUGAUGGUGAAGUUUUGGCUCAGAUAGAUCGUGACUGGAGGGGUUUUGGCUUUGAGAUUUUUACUGAUGCGGGGCAAUAUGUGAUCCGUUUCGGGAGUUCUGAUCCCAGCUCCAAGACCAGAGCUGCAAGCUUGAUUGAAGAGUUGGAAGUCAGACGUCCACUUACUCUGUUGGAGAGAGCUGUAACUGUUGCUCUGGCUAUAUCGUUGGACAAUGACUAUUUCUCAAGACAUGGUGGAUGGAGAGUAGGUCUGGCUGGCUGUACAGAUGAAAAUCGAUGUGGUUACGCGGUCAUUCUUAAGACACGAGGGCUCAAGACAAGGCCCGGCUGCUUGUUAGAUGUGAUUCUAGCGGGGAUGCAAAUGUUCUUGUUUCUUGGGAUGGCUGUUGUGAUUAUGGGUGUCAGUGGUGCUGGGAAAUCGACGAUAGGUGAGAUGCUGGCAAAAGAGACAAACUCUAACUUUAUAGAUGCCGAUGAUUUCCAUCCACAAUCAAACAAAGAAAAGAUGCGUAAAGGGAUCCCCCUUUCAGAGGAAGACCGGAUGCCUUGGCUUGAAACACUUCGAAAGGCCUUAAGAGAAAAGUUGGUCGAUGGAGGAACUGUAAUUCUUGGGUGUUCAGCUCUGCAGAAGCGAUACAGAGAAGUUCUACGAUCUGCCGACCCUAAUUAUGAACCUGGAAGUCAUGUCAGUCUGGUGAAGUUCGUCCUGUUGGAUGCGCAGGCAGAGGUGCUGGCUGCUAGAUUAGAGAAAAGAAUCGCAGAAGGGAAGCAUUUCAUGUCGCCUGCACUUUUGCAGUCUCAGUUAGACUUGCUUCAGAUUGAUGAUUCUGAAGGGAUACUUAAAGUUGAUGCCACUUCAAGUCCUCAAGACAUAGUAAAUACCAUUCAAAGAUUGAUUUUCAGCUGA